AUGCACACGAUGAGCUGGGAGGAGAGAACGGUGGCGCGGGCAAAGUUUUCAUUCCUCAAAAUAAAAAGUUUAAUAAAUGUUGAUUUUGAGGGCCCUGACAAUUUAUUCAAAGUAUUUUGUCAGAAAAGAUGUCAAAAGGACAUGCUAGGUUAGAUUUCUUGAGUAUCAUGGGAAUAUAGAACAACAAAAGGUUGAAAAAUGAUGCGAAAGGAGCUUUGGCGUGGAGGGAAAAGAUGAGGAGCCUGAGGGAGUGCUUUCCUCCCAGAGUGAAGAUGGUCUAAUUAUUUUCUUCAUAAUAUAUAUAAAAAGAUUUCUAUCGGAGAGCACGCCGCCGGAAAAGCUGCGUGAACCUUUGAUGAUGAAAUUUCGGUACAGACCAAUCGUUGACCCAAAAGCCGAGAAAGGUGCCGAAAUCUACGAUUUUCCUCAUUGAAAGUGCUUUUUUGCAGGCCGUGAAAGACCUUCGCAGCUGCAGGAGAUCCUCCAGAAGAUCGAUUACCUUGAUUUGACGACUGAAGAAGAGUUUGAAGUUGAAACAAUCUUUCGGCUUCUUGAAAAAGAAUGAAAAUUUCCAGGCAGAUGUGAAGAAGAUCACGGCGAACCUGGACUUGUCGGCGCUUUCCUACGAGAUUAUGAAAAUCGCGCAAGACUCGGUCGAUUCGCGGCUUUCUGCCCUUUUCGCGCUAGUAAUCUCGCAGGUCUGCGUUGAUCUCGUUGGUUCAAAAAAAUUUUUUGGAUUUUCGAAGGAGCAUGGGAAAAUUAUAAUGGUUUCAAGGCGUGUUUUUUGCUAGAAAAAUGGAUUUUUUUUUUUUGAAAGUUCAUUCAAGGUGUUGUGAAUAAAACAUAAGGGAAUCAGAGUUCUAUUUUUUUUUUCUGUUAUAUUAUUCUUGUUUUUCAUUUUUUUUGCCAUAGGGAAUAAAUUUAUUUUUCAAAAAUUCUUACAAAAGUGAUAAAUUCUGCUAAAUUCCUAGAUACUGUGAGUUGAUUGACGUGCUACAAUUUUUUUGUAAAUGUAGAUGAAUUUGGAGAAAAAAAUUCUGAGAAUCUUUGAAAAAAAGAAAAAAAGUGGAAAUAAAUUCAAAAAAAUGAAACAAAAAUUUUUUUGCGCUGUCAAUAAUCUUAACAAGUCCUAAAAAUUUGAACAGGGUAACGGAAUCCUUAAAAAUAGACUUCAGAUAAAAAACCUGAAAGAUGAGGUCGCCGAGCUCCGUAAAGAGCUCCAAGAAGGCGGCGGUCCCCGGAAUCGCAAAGUUCCGCGGGUUCAAACUACAGACAUGUGCUUCUAUUUUAUUGAUGUAGGAAACCUUGAAAAUAAAAAAAAAUAACCAUAAUUUUCAGCGCGACAAGAUCGCGCAUGACGUGACGGCGCCUUCUGAGGAAAAUGAUGGCACUCGGCCAAUUUCGAUGAUUGUCGCCUUUGACAGAGUCUCCAGACAUCGAGAUUUCACUGAAUCCAAGACCAUGACUAAUCAGAUUCGCCUCGUUUUUAUUCACCUUCUCCGACAGGUGAGUGAUUAUUUUUUUAUUAUUUUCCUUCGUUUUCUUGUCUUUAUUUUUUUAAUGGUGUCGACGCGAAAAGCCCUUUUUUUCAUGAAGAUUUAUCCAUAUAGAAUGAUAGAUUUUCUGAACAUUUUUUUAUAGAAAUUUUUUUCGACGUAGAACUUCGUGAUAACAGCAAAAAUCACGGUUUCUUCUUCACCAGACAUUUAAAAAUGUGUUCAAUUUGCCUUUUUGAAAUAAUUUUUUUGUUUAAAUUAGGAUCUUAGUUAGUAUAAUUUCAAGUAGACUGUUUGAGAAAAAAAUAAAUGUCAUAGUUUUUUUAAAAAAACUUCAUUUUAAUUGUUUGCUAUUCGCUCUUCGACAUUCAAUAGCUCUAAAAAAAUAUAAUUUUCAAGCCAAACCUCUAUUUUGAAGAUUUUUUUAUGAGAAUAAGGCUUAUUCAGUACUACGCGCCGGGAAAAGAAGUCGAUUCUUGGAGGACUUUUAGUGGCUGUACUUACGAUUACAUUUGGAGUGAGUCCUGGAUUUUUUUUUUGUUUUUUGAUUACCCUGUUCCUCACUGAAUUUUUUUUAAGGAACUCUGACGGCGGCGAUCCGGGUCAAGCCUGAAUUUGAGCAUAUGAACUUGGCGACCCUGAAAACCGACGAUUGGAACGAGAUCAUGCAGAAAAUCAUGACCAAGCUCUUGUUAGUACACUUUUUUCGCCGAAAGAAAACCGUAUGUUCUCCGUUUGAAACUUCUCUGCGCCCUCCUCGUCUCUCGGCGAUUCUCUCAUUUUGACAUGCUAUUUUCAUGUUUCUUUGACCUCGCUGCUGAGGGAACAGAGAGCGUGGUCUGUCUGAGCUCUUCACCAACCAGACACUGUCUCUUUUCUGAUCGUGCCAGGACCCUUUUUUCGAUGGCUCAAGCCAGCUGUGCAUCAGCUAUAUCUUAAUUGUAAAAUAUUCGAGAUACGUGAUUUUUUGCUUUAUGAUCUAAAGCUCAAAAAAUCUGUGUUACGGUAGCUCUUUUUCUUCUGUUCUUCUGUUUCGAAAACGCGACUUUAAAAUCAUAUCAUUAAAUAAUUUUCAGAACUGGGAAAUUUUUUUAGGAUGAUGGGCCGUCCUGGCGGUCGCGCCGUGAUUCGUCAGGCAAAAUGGCGACCUUUAACUGAGAUGGAGUACAAAUACGAUAUGGGAUAUAUGUGUAGGUUUUUUUGUUCAAUAAUUUGGCUUUUUGAAAAUCAAUCCUUGUAUUAUAUCUUUGUGCGUAGAGUUUCAAAAAAAAAUUUUUUUGAGCUUUUCAACAGAUUUUUUUAUGAUUUUGCAAGUUUUUUUCAAUGCACCUAUAUCCAAAAAAAAUAUCGCUAAAAUCCAUUUAAAGAGAGUUUCUAAGGAUUAUUAGAUUUUGACCUCAGAAUUCUCUGGAAAUGCGUCAAAUUUCUCUUUAUUGUAGCCCCUUAAAAAUUGAAAUCUGGUAAACAUUUCCAUUUUCCCAGUAAAAACUGGGAAAAUGGUUUUCUUUACCAGCUUUUAUAGUUUUUUUGAGCAUUGAGGUCUAAUUUUACGAAAAAUAGGGAUUUUUCCAUACCUAGACUUCCAGGAUCAUCAUCAAGUACAUGGUAGUAUUGGACAAUAUAAUGGAAAAACAGACUUUUUUCAAGUUUUCGAAUUAUUUUUUCAGUUUUAGGGUGGAGAACAAAGAUUUUAAGCUAUAGCAAACUUCUAGAAUUCUUAUCCGAAACCGUGAAAUGGGUUCACAGACACCUUCUUCCAGUACACCAAUGCCAAGUGACGCUUCCCGAGUGGCUCCAGCCGCCGCCGGAAGAAACUACGCCGAUUUUCAAGCGCGUCUACCGGGGCAUUCCCUCCAUGUCCCUCCAUCAGCGCCAGCAGCGGCUUAGUCAGCAGUUGACCCCUUUUCAUCUGAAGCGGGAAGUUGGAGAUGAAGAGGAGCAGGAGCAGGUCUACGAGGACGGAGAAGAAGGAGAGGAGGAACAGGAGCAAGACGAAGAACUCGAAGAUGAACAUGAAGAAGAACAGGAUGAAGAGGAGGAGGGAUAUGAGAAAACUGUCGAGGAUGACUUCUGA